UUUUUUGACUUGCGGUGCGUCAAUUUGCCUAGUGUUCAUUGUGCGCUCUCCAAAAUUCGCAGUGUUUAAAUAAUUUGUACAUAUAAUUUGUUUCUUUUUUUAUAUACAUAUAUAUAAAAUAUUGCGUGUGUUGCGUUCAUUUGUGUCGACAAUCGUUUUUAUCUAUUUCCAUUGGAAUUGGUGAAGAAGGGUGCUGCGAGUAUUUCAUCCCCCGCAAAGAGAGUGAGCGAGCGCGAAGAUACAUUUGUGUGUGUGUGUAAGAGAGAGAGAAUGAUGAAUAUGGAUGACGUGCAAACGGGGUUGGAGAAGAUGAGAUUGGGAUCGACGAAGGCCCGAACGAAUCAAAACAAACGAGAUAAGAAGGACGUGGAGGAAUCGUCUUCUUGUCCGUCUUCGCCAUCGUCGUCGACGACGACGCCGAUUGUCAAUGGGAAAAUGAAAAAGACGAGGAGGAAGAUGAAAGGUGUAUCGCAUCAGGCGCGAAUCGAGUUGCGGUCGAAAAUAAUCGCCGAACAGUGCGCUGCUGGUAUCGAUAUGGAAAACAUCAUCGACUCGCCUACUGGACCAAAACAUAUCAACGGCAAGAUCGAGCCGCAACCAAAGGAGCAGUCUUCGACGAAAGCCACAACCAUAUGCACAGCUCAAUCUGAGCAAGCAACAGAGAUUAUACAGCAGAAACAGAAAAAGAGCAAAAAGAAACGCGGCGGUGGUAGCAGCAAGAACGAGAGUCCUGUAAAGGGUGUCUCGACAAAGGUUACAGCAAACGCCGUCGGACAAUCUGUCGGCGUUGGAGGUGGUGCUGUUCACGAGAAUCAUGUGGGUAAGAAGAAAAACAAAGAGAAUUUACAAUCAUCGGCCGACGUGACGCCUCGCAAGAAGAACAAGAAAGGCAGCGGAAAGAAUCAUCAUGAUCGUCAGCUGAAUCAUCACCACGUGCAGGAGGAUGAUAGCAAGUUCGAACCGUAUCUGUGCAAGGACGAGGUGGUCAAGGGUUUGGCCGAUGGGACGCUGGUGAAGGGCGUCAUCAGGAUCAACCCCAAGUUCCAUACGGAGGCGUACGUGACGCGCGACGACAAGAGUCUGCAGGACUACUACAUCGGAACGUUGACGGAGAGGAAUAAGGCGCUCGAAGGGGACGUGGUCGUCUUGCGUUUGAAGCCGGAGGAGCAGUGGCGCGAUGAACAGCCGCGCGCCUCCGUCGUUUACAUCCUGGAGAAGGUGCAUCCGAGGCUGUCCGUCGGCCAGUUGUCGAUGUCCAAGGACAAGAAGGGCGUGAUAUUCAAGCCGCGAGAUAAGCGCGUCCCCUUCAUGACCGUGCUGGAGGUGAGUCUGCCCGCAAAUUACAUGAAGAAUCCGCACAAGUUCGCCAACACCUUGUUCAUGGGUCAGCUGAUUGAUUGGCCGGUGCCCAAGUUCGGGGUCGGCUCAAUCACCGAGAACAUCGGCAAGUCGAACGAUCUGCUCGCCGAGACGAGGGCGAUACUCCUCGAGCACCAGGUCAAUUUCGCACCGUUCCCACCGGACUUUGACAUAUUCCUGCCGAAGUUCAAGGGAAUCCCGAUCAAGGAGUACUCGUACCGCGAGAACCUGACCGAAGAGUGCGUGUUCACGAUCGAUCCGCUCACUGCAAAGGAUCUGGACGAUGCCGUGUCCUGCAAGAGGCUGGAGAACGGCAACUACGAGGUGGGCGUUCACAUCGCCGACGUCGCCUUCCAUUUGGCCGAGAACACGCCGCUCGACGAGAUGGUCUGCAGUAAAGCGACGACCACUUACCUGGUGGACAACGUGUACCACAUGCUGCCGCAGGAGCUCUGCAUGAUGUGCUCCCUGCUGCCGGGCAAAGAGAAUCUAGCGUUCUCCGUGUUCUGGGAGAUGGACGACGAUGGAGAGGUGCUGAAACAUCGUUUCGCUCGCACCAUCAUCAAGUCCUGCUGCAAGUUGGCCUACGAGCACGCGCAAGACAUUAUCGAGAACGCGAGUCCCGUCGCCUCCGACUUCCCCGACAUCCUCAACGAUUGCGCCACGUUCGUCGAGGUGUGCGAGGCCGUCCGCACCUUGAACCGAUUGGCGCAUCGGUUGCGGGAGAAACGCGUGAAGAACGGCGCCAUCCGCAUCGAUCAGAUCAAGCUCGGCUUCACUCUGGACGGAAACGGCGAUCCGGACUCGUACUACGUGCAGCAGAUGCGCGAUGCGAACCGCAUGAUCGAGGACUUUAUGCUGCUCGCCAAUAUGACGGUGGCACGUCGCAUCCACGACGACUUUCCGCAGAUGGCGUUCCUACGGUGUCACGACGAACCCAACGGCCGGAUGCUGAGCGAUGUGAAGAGGACGCUCGAGAUCAUCGGCAUCCACAUCGGAAUCGAGGAUUCUUCAGCUCUCUCCCAGAGUCUCAUCAAGUACGACACUGGCGAUUAUCUAGGAUACGUGCGGCACGUGGCAAUAAAUCACAUGUUGGCCAAGCCGAUGGUGAGGGCAGAAUACUUUUGCGCCGACGACAGAUGCGUUUCGGACUUUCGCCAUUUCGCACUUGCCGUCCCAAUCUACACGCACUUUACGUCGCCGAUCCGCCGAUAUCCGGACGUCAUGGUACAUCGUUUACUGUCGGCCAGUUUAGGUUACACGCCGAAACCGGAUUGGCCGGUGGCAAGGAUACGCGAAAUAGCCGACAACUGCAACAAGCAAAAGUACAACGCAAAGAGGGCCGGUGAGGCGAGCGUCGAUCUGUACCUGGCGCACUACAUCGAGAAGCGUCAACCGUUCCACGACGAUGCGGUCGUCGUCGCCGUGCAGGAGAAGAGCUUCGAUGCGAUCACGCUGAACACUGGAUCGCAGAUACGCAUCUACUCGAACACCUUCGAGGAAGCCGUCCACUGUCACACCGAGUGCAACACGUACGGAGACAAGCAGAUCUGGAAGAUGAACGUGAUAUUUCCGAGCGGCGAGGAUACGAACGCCGUGCUGCAGGUGGUCGAGCUGUUCCAGGUGGUUCAGGUGGCGCUGAACAGGAAGGACAAGACGAACAAGCUGGAGGCGCGUCUGAUUCGACCCAAGCACGUAAAGUCCCUCUGAUUUCUAGACAUGAUGCAGACAACUGUGUAUACACACACGCUCAAACGAUUAUCAACGUCGUCACGUACGUUUCGUUUGAUUGUUUUGUUAUUGACGUCGUCGUCGUCGUCAUCGAUAAACGCGUGUACGACUGUUGACUUGAAUUCCGACAGAUCGGACCGGAUGCGUCCAUGUCUAUCUGUCUAUACCACCGAUGAAGAUAUUUAGAUAAUGACGAUGAUUAAUAAAUUGAAAUACAAUCAAUACCAUUCUAUAUUUAGACGACACACUCACUAUAUUACUACUACUCACUCAUUGAAUCAUUCAUUAAUUCAUGCAUCAACUCUCGACUGGUAAAAGAAAAAAAAAACGUACGGAAAGGUAACAUUUUGCAAUUAUUAGAAUUGAUCAAAUGAUGAUCAACGUGGCCGUGCAAUAAACAAAUCACUUGCAUUGAUUACUUGUCAAGUAUCGUGUGAAUGCCAAAGUAUAAGCAUUCUCAUUUGAAACCUUUCUCUCUCACAUUUGUUUUUAUUCAUUUUUUUUCUGCCUCCUGAAACUCCAAAAAUUAGAAAACAAAAGAAAACACAACAUUUCUUCCACACAUGUAUGUAUAUAUAUAUUUUUUGUUGGAGUAAGUAACGAGACUUUACAUAAUCCUAUUCGUUGUUCCUGUUUAACUAUUAAAUUAUUCUCAUCCUCGUUUCCAUCAUUUACUUUUUCUCUUUACAACGCACAUAGUAAUAG